AACCAUGGGUGACGCUCUGAUGGCUGAGUUCGGGAAGGCUGCUCCUUACCUGAGAAAGUCAGAGAAGGAGCGUCUGGAAGCUCAGACCAGAGCUUUUGACAUCAAGACUGAAUGUUUUGUAGUUGACGAUAAGGUUGAAUAUGUGAAGGGACAAAUCCAGAGCAAAGAUGGAGGGAUGGUGACUGUCAAGAAGGAGGACGGAACAACGGUAAUCGUGAAGGAGUCUGAUGUUCACCCCCAGAACCCGCCAAAAUUUGACAAAAUUGAAGAUAUGGCGAUGUUUACUUUCCUUCAUGAGCCGGCCGUGCUGUUUAACCUCAAAGAGCGAUAUGCUGCCUGGAUGAUCUACACUUACUCUGGGCUGUUCUGUGUCACCGUCAACCCCUACAAGUGGCUCCCUGUAUAUGACGCUGAGGUGGUGGCAGCGUACAGGGGGAAGAAGAGGAGUGAGGCCCCCCCUCAUAUCUUCUCCAUCUCUGAUAAUGCUUACCAGUACAUGCUGACUGACAGAGAGAACCAGUCUGUCCUCAUCACCGGAGAAUCCGGAGCAGGAAAGACUGUGAACACGAAGAGAGUCAUCCAGUACUUUGCAAGCAUCGCUGCUGUCGGUGGUGGAGGCAAAAAAGAUGCCAGCAAGGGGACACUGGAGGAUCAAAUCAUCCAGGCAAACCCUGCGCUGGAGGCCUUUGGCAACGCCAAAACAUUGAGAAAUGACAACUCAUCACGUUUUGGAAAAUUUAUUCGCAUUCACUUUGGUACGAGUGGCAAACUGUCAUCUGCCGACAUCGAGACAUACCUGCUGGAGAAGUCACGCGUCACUUUUCAGCUCAAGGCUGAGAGGAACUACCACAUCUUCUACCAGAUCCUGUCCAAUCAGAAGCCAGAGCUGCUGGACAUGCUGCUGAUCACCAACAACCCGUACGACUACUCCUACAUCUCCCAAGGAGAGGUAACAGUCGCUUCCAUCAACGACUCGGAGGAGCUGAUGGCCACCGACAGCGCCUUCGAUGUGCUUGGCUUCACUCCAGAAGAGAAGAUGGCGGUCUAUAAACUGACUGGUGCCAUCAUGCACUACGGCAACAUGAAGUUCAAACAGAAGCAGCGUGAGGAGCAGGCUGAACCUGACGGGACAGAGGCUGCUGAUAAAUCAGCUUACCUAAUGGGGCUGAACUCCGCUGACCUCAUCAAAGGCCUUUGCCACCCCAGAGUCAAAGUGGGAAAUGAAUAUGUCACCAAAGGCCAAAGUGUGGACCAAGUCUACUACGCUAUUGGUGCUCUAGCCAAGUCGGUGUAUGAAAAGAUGUUUAACUGGAUGGUGGUGAGAAUUAACCAAUCCCUGGACACUAAGCAGCACCGUCAGUACUUCAUAGGAGUGCUGGACAUCGCUGGAUUUGAGAUCUUUGAUUUCAACACCUUCGAGCAGCUGUGCAUCAACUACACCAACGAGAAACUGCAACAGUUUUUCAAUCAUCACAUGUUCGUUCUGGAGCAAGAGGAGUACAAAAAAGAAGGUAUUGAUUGGGAGUUUAUCGACUUUGGGAUGGACUUGCAAGCUUGUAUUGACCUCAUUGAGAAGCCGCUGGGGAUCCUGUCAAUUCUGGAGGAAGAAUGCAUGUUUCCCAAAGCCAGUGACCAGACUUUCAAGUCCAAGCUCUAUGAUAAUCAUCUGGGCAAGAACAAGAUGUUUGAGAAGCCGAGGGCAGCAAAGGGGAAAUCAGAGGCUCAUUUUGCCCUAGUUCACUAUGCUGGUACCGUGGACUACAACAUCAGUGGCUGGCUGGUCAAAAACAAAGACCCUCUGAAUGAAACUGUGGUCGGUCUUUAUCAGAAAUCCUCUCUGAAGCUCCUUAGUCUGCUGUUUUCAUGUUAUUCAGGAGCUGAUAAUGACAAGGGAGGUGGCAAAGGAGCAAAGAAGAAAGGCUCCUCAUUCCAGACGGUGUCUGCACUUCACAGGGAAAACCUGAACAAGCUGAUGACCAACCUGAAGACAACUCAUCCCCACUUUGUCCGCUGUCUGAUUCCUAAUGAGAGGAAAACUCCAGGAGUCAUGGACAACUGCCUUGUGAUGCACCAGCUGCGCUGUAAUGGUGUCCUGGAAGGCAUCAGAAUCUGCAGGAAGGGUUUCCCAAACAGAGUGCUCUAUGGUGACUUCAAACAGCGGUACAGGAUCCUGAAUGCCUCUGCCAUCCCUGAGGGCCAGUUCAUUGACUGUAAGAAGAGUGCUGAGAAGUUACUGGGAUCACUGGACAUCGACCACACUCAGUACAAGUUUGGCCACACAAAGGUUUUCUUUAAAGCUGGCCUGCUGGGAACACUGGAGGAGAUGCGAGAUGAGCAACUCUCUCGGAUCAUCACCAGGAUCCAGGCUAAUGCUCGCGCACUCCUCAUGAGAGCACAGUUCACUAAGCUAGUGGAACGUAGAGAUGCUCUGAUGGUUAUCCAGUGGAACCUUCGCUCUUUCCUGGGUGUAAAGAACUGGCCCUGGAUGAAGCUCUUCUUCAAGAUCAAACCCCUGCUGAAGAGUGCUGAGUCCGAGAAAGAGAUGGCCAACAUGAAAGAUGAGUUCAACAAGCUGAAAGAAGCUCUGGAGAAAUCAGAAGCUAGACGAAAGGAAAUAGAGGAGAAAAUAGUAACUCUUCUCCAAGAGAAGAAUGAUCUGACUCUGCAAAUUCAGUCUGAACAGGAUACUCUCACAGAUGCUGAAGAACGCUGUGAACAGCUUAUAAAAAGCAAGAUUCAACUGGAGGCCAAGCUGAAAGAAAUAACUGAAAGACUUGAAGAUGAAGAAGAGCUGAAUGCAGAUCUCACAGCUAAGAAACGCAAGCUUGAGGAUGAAUGCUCCGAGCUGAAGAAAGACAUAGAUGACCUGGAGCUGACUUUGGCCAAGGUUGAGAAGGAGAAACAUGCUACAGAGAAUAAGGUGAAAAACCUGACAGAGGAGAUGGCUUCCCAGGAUGAGAACAUCAUGAAGCUGACCAAAGAGAAGAGGGCACUUCAAGAGGCUCACCAGCAGACACUGGAUGACCUUCAGAGUGAAGAGGACAAAGCCAACAGUUUAAACAAAGCUAAAGUUAAGCUGGAACAACAGGUGGAUGAUCUGGAGGGCUCACUGGAACAAGAGAAGAAAGUCAGGAUGGACCUCGAGCGCACAAAGAGGAAGCUUGAAGGAGACCUGAAACUAACCCAGGAGAGUUUGAUGGACUUGGAGAAUGACAAACAACAGCUGGAGGAAAAGCUAAAAAAAAAAGACUUUGAGAUCUCCCAUAUAAACUCAAGACUAGAGAACGAGCAGGUGGCUUCAGUUCAGCUCCAGAAGAAGCUGAAAGAAAACCAGGCAAGAAUCGAAGAGCUGGAGGAGGAGCUGGAUGCUGAGCGUGCAGCCCGAGCCAAAGUUGAGAAGCAGCGCUCUGAUCUUUCCCGAGAACUGGAGGACAUCAGUGAACGUCUGGAGGAAGCAGGUGGAGCAACAUCAGCUCAGGUGGAGCUGAAUAAGAAGAGAGAUUCUGAAUUUCAGAAGCUUCGUAGGGAGCUGGAAGAAUCCACCCUUCACCACGAGGCCACCGCUGCCUCCCUGAGGAAGAAACACGCUGACAGUGUAGCUGAAUUGGGUGAACAAAUUGAUAACCUGCAGCGUGUGAAGCAGAAGCUGGAGAAGGAAAAGAGCGAGCUGAAGCUGGAGCUGGAUGACUUGUCCUCUAACAUGGAGAGUGUGGUGAAGGCCAAGUCAAACAUUGAGAAGAUGUGUCGUACAAUGGAGGACAACAUGAACGAGUACAAGAGUAAAUAUGAGGAAGGUCAGCGAACCAUCAAUGACUUGACUACCCAGAGGGCCAAGCUGCUCACUGAGAACGGUGAGUUUGGACGUCAGCUGGAGGAGAAGGAGUGUCUGAUAUCACAGCUGACCAGAGGGAAGAACUCAUACAACCAGCAGGUAGAAGAUCUGCGCCGACAGCUGGAAGAGGAAGUCAAGGCGAAGAAUGCCCUCGCCCACGCUGUACAGUCUGCUCGCCAUGACUGUGAUCUGCUCAGAGAACAGUUUGAAGAAGAGCAGGAAGCAAAGGCUGAGCUGCAGAGAGCUUUGUCCAAAUCCAACACAGAGGUCUCAGCGUGGAGGACAAAAUAUGAAACCGACGGGAUCCAGAGAACAGAGGAGCUGGAAGAAGCAAAGAAGAAGCUGGUUCAGAGACUGCAGGAAGCAGAGGAGGCUAUCGAAGCUGUGAAUGCAAAGUGUUCAUCUCUUGAGAAGACCAAGCAUCGCCUCCAAAAUGAGAUUGAAGACCUGAUGCUGGACCUGGAGAGAUCCAAUGCAGCAUCUGCAGCACUGGACAAGAAGCAAAGAGCCUUUGACAAAGUCUUGGCAGAGUGGAAGCAGAAGUUUGAGGAGUCACAGUGCGAGCUGGAGUCGUCCCAGAAGGAGGCUCGAUCUCUGAGCACUGAACUCUUCAAACUGAGAAACGCCUAUGAAGAGUGUCUGGAUCAACUGGAGACGAUGAAAAGAGAGAAUAAAAACCUCCAAGAGGAGAUCUCUGACCUCACUGACCAGCUGGGGGAAGGAGGCCGGAGUGCCCAUGAACUGGAGAAGAUGCGGAAGCAGCUUGAACAAGAAAAGGUUGAGCUGCAGUCAGCACUGGAGGAGGCAGAAGCUUCUCUGGAGCAUGAAGAGAGUAAGAUCCUGCGAGCCCAACUUGAGUUCAACCAAGUGAAGGCCGAGAUGGAGAGGAAAGUGGCUGAGAAAGAUGAGGAAAUGGAGCAGGCCAAGAGAAACUACCAACGCAUGCUUGAGUCACUUCAGACCUCUUUAGAAUCUGAGACAAGGAGUCGAAAUGAGGCCCUGAGAGUCAAGAAGAAGAUGGAAGGUGACAUGAAUGAGAUGGAGAUUCAGCUCAGCCAAGCUAACAGGCAGGCAGCUGACGCCCAGAAACAGCUCAAGAGCCUCCAGGCAUUUCUGAAGGACACUCAGCUGCAGCUGGACGAUGCACAGCAUGGCAAUGACGACCUGAGAGAGAACAUCACCCUCCUGGAACGACGAAACAACCUGAUCCAGGCUGAGCUGGAGGAGUUGAGGGCUGCUCUCGAGCAGACGGAAAGAAGCAGGAAACUGGCUGAACAGGAGUUGACGGAUGCAACAGAGCGAAUGCAACUCCUGCACUCCCAGAACACCAGCCUGAUCAACCAGAAGAAGAAGCAUGAAGCAGAUCUGGUCCACCUGCAGAAUGAGUUGGAGGAGGCCAUACAGGAGAACCGCAACGCUGAGGACAAGGCAAAGAAGGCCAUCACAGAUGCAGCCAUGAUGGCUGAGGAGCUGAAGAAGGAGCAGGACACCAGCGCCCAUUUAGAGCGCAUGAAGAAGAACAUGGAGCAAACCAUCAAAGACCUGCAGCACCGUCUAGAUGAGGCCGAGCAGAUCGCCAUGAAGGGUGGCAAGAAGCAGGUCCAGAAACUGGAGGCUCGCAUCAAAGAGUUGGAGAACGAGCUGGAGGCGGAGCAGAAGAGGGGAACAGAGUCGAUCAAAGGGGUUCGCAAGUAUGAACGCCGCAUCAAGGAGCUCACCUACCAGACCGAGGAAGACCGCAAGAACAUGGCUCGCCUCCAGGACCUGGUGGACAAACUGCAGCUGAAAGUCAAGUCCUACAAACAUGCAGCUGAGGAGGCGGAGGAGGCCGCAAACACCAACAUGGCCAAACUCCGCAAGCUGCAGCACGAGCUGGAGGAGGCGGAGGAGAGAGCCGACAUCGCUGAGUCACAGGUGAACAAGCUGAGGGCAAAGACCAGGGACGGAUCCUCCAAGAAGGGCCUGGAUGAGUGAGGAAAUCCCAGAGCCAACGUCACAGGUUUUCCUGUUCCAGGGUGACUGGAAGAAUUCAGCCGAGAAGAAAUGAGUGACGGAUAUUUCAUCAUUAUUAGUAGUAAUAACAGUAGUAGCAAUAAUAAUUUGUUAUUUUAAAUUGAAUAAAAUAAGUGCCCAGUUAAGAUACACACUCUGAUUCUGGACAGUGAAGUAGGAGAACAUGAAAACAGACUCUCUGAAGGUUUUCUGUGCAGUUCUGACCUCUAGUGGUGCUGUUAGGAACUUUUCAAAGAACAUGUGUGUUGUUUGUAUCUUGGGUCUGAGAAGGGAGGUUGAUUUACAUUCCUGCAGAUGUUGAUAACGUGCUGCAAGAGAAGAACAAUUCACAUUCACCUACAACCAAAAGAAGGUUUUGCAGAUAAACUUUUAAGUCUCCAGUCUGUCAGUUCUCUGUGUUCACUGACCAGAGGAACAAAUAGUUUUAAGUGUGUUUGUAAUUGUGUCUUUACUUAGCAGUUACCUGCAGGUUAAUGAAAACAGUGGUUGAUCUGAAUCUUGAAGAGUUUCUUUCUAUCAUGUCCUAUCUCAACAGCGUCUGUUUCUCUGACAGAUAAACACAGCGAUGUUUCAAAAUCACAGACAUGGUGUAAAAACACUUCAUCAUUUAAACUCUUCGAACCACCUGGAUGAGAAGUUAUGUUGUCUUCUGCAACAGAAAAAGAGAAAGAUUUUAAACACGUUAAAAACAGAUUCGACCACACAACAUACAAAAACUCUUUGCUUUUUCUGAAUGUGAAGCAAAACUUCAGGGUCAGCUACAUUUGUCUUUAUUUUACUCUGUUGUUUUACAUUCUCACACAAAAUGUUAGUUUCUGUCCAACAGCUGCUGAAGCAUAAAACCUUCAGACUCAUGUUUCAGACAUUUACUUGAACUGAAUCCUUCAGAGCGAAUCUGAAUGCCCACAUCUCGCUCUCUGAACACUAAGACCCUGUUAAUACCUGGGUUUAAAAUGUGAUCUGUAUCCACAUCAGGAGAAACUCAUGUUAAUACGUGGUGUAAACAGGGUGUGUAAGUCUGAGUGUCAUGUCCUGGUCAUGAAAACUUUAAAACAUACAGAAACAUAAUUCAGACUCACCUCAGAUUCUCCAAACAGGUUCAGUUGUUCCACCAGUUUCCAGCCUGGAGAAAAGAUCAAUACCAGAUUAUUAUUAUGAUCAAUAUGAAAGCUGUCAGAUAUGACAGGUGUGUUGUCAUUAAUCUGCAGAGAAAUAAAAUCACUGCUGAGCACAGAGAGCUGGUCUGUCGUCUUUACCUGAUGAUACAUCUGAUUCCUGAUUGGUUGGUUAAUGUGUUCUACAGGUCAAACAUUACUCAGGUGUAAACUCAGAAAUACUUUGAUCACAUAUGUGCACAUCAAAAAACAUACUUCCACACUUGCUGGGUCAAAAAAUGGACAUGAAGCAAAAAUCUAACAAAAGACCUGCACACCGUGCUUGUAGUUCCAGUUAAUUUUAAUUUAAUCUGCUGGAGAUCUUCAGGCAGAGCUGCUGUACCUGAUCAGGUAAAACAAACUGUAUUUAAGAUGCAUUAAGACCAACAAGACACACAAACACAUUUCUACACAUGUUCACCUCCAAUACAGAAACAAAGAGUUUCACACUAAAGCUGGAAAUUUGAAAAUAAACCCAGAGCUUCAGGUCUUCUCCAGUAUUUCCUAACUCUAGGCUUUUAUCUUGAAGGCACAAUUCUGUAGCUUCCGGUGUGUGAGUCCACCUUGACUCAGUUCAGUUUGAGUAUAAAACUGUGGAGGACUCCAGCUGUGAUCCACACGAUGGAAGGACCGGGAUCGUCUGACUGACCUCCUUCAGGUCCUGCAGCCGGACCUGGUCCUCCUCCACCCGGUCCUGACCCUGAGCGGGGCCACAGCAGGAUCCACCGGGUUUAAACCAUGCGGGACCCGCGGAACUGGACCCCGGGGUUCGGCCCGGCGGAGCGGGGCAAACCGGCGACUUACACCGGGGAGAAGAAGGCACGGCUGGUGGCCAACGCCAACAAGAAGUGGGUGCGGCUGGCCACCGUGGUGGUCUACGUCCUGUCCGUGUCUCUGGCUGCCGUCAUCCUGGCUGUUUACUACAGCCUCAUCUGGAAACCCACUCCCGGACCCGGACUGCCCCGGACCGGGACCACAACCGGGGAACCGGGAGCCACGACCUCCAGGACUGGAACAGACAUCACAGCAGGAGUCAGACCUCAGAAACCGGAUCAGAGGAAAACUUUAAACAGGGACAAUGACGUCACCAAUAAUACAUCUAUUGAUCCUGAUAUAAAUGACUCUAUUGAUCCUGAUUACACAGGACGUCACGGUUUAACAUCAGGUGAUGGUUUACCUGCUGAGACCGGGGACUCUGCUCCGGUCCUCUCAACCGGACCGGCCGAGCCUCCUCGAGGCUUCCCCUCCCCGGCUCUGACCACCGCCGAGCCGCCCGCCGUCACCGCGGAGGAUCCGUCCAACCUACCGACUCACCGAGCCGCUGUGAGCCGGGAAACAGCAGCUGAGGCCGGGUGGACUCAGGCGGACUACUCCGGGUCCGGUACGGAGGAGUGAAAGUUACCGAGACUGUUUCAAAAUAAAAUGUGACUUUAUGGAUUUCAUAAGAAAAAAUCAACCAAAGGAUCAUUCUUACAGUCAAUACAGGUUACUAUUGAUCAGAUGAUUAUAGAUAUUUAUUAAUGAGAUCAGGUUUUAUCUGUUUAGUGGAUCUGCUCCUCUAACAGUUUAUUAUUAGUUCUUUCUUUAAAGAAAAUGUUCUGUUUGUUUUACAGACUGAAGCUGAGGUGAAGUUUUCUCUCAGGUCACAAAACACAACAUGAAAUAUUUUGACUGUUCAACUGUUCCAUUUCAACAAUAAAUGAUUUUUUUUCC